AUGGAGAAUCCGAGUGUGCCUCCGGGGCCUUACCGGGCCACCAAGCUGUGGAAUGAAGUUACCACAUCUUUUCGAGCAGGAAUGCCUCUAAGAAAACACAGGCAACACUUUAAAAAAUAUGGUAAUUGUUUCACAGCAGCAGAAGCAGUGGAUUGGCUUUAUGACCUAUUAAGAAAUAAUAAUAAUUUUGGUCCUGAAGUAACAAGGCAACAGACUAUCCAACUACUGAGAAAAUUUCUUAAGAAUCAUGUAAUUGAAGAUAUCAAAGGGAAAUGGGGAUCGGAAAAUCUUUAUGACAACAAUCAGCUAUUCAGAUUUCCUGCAAAUUCUCCACUUAAAGCUCUUCCACGAAGGCAUCCAGAAUUGAGAAAAAACAGCAUAGAGAACUUUUCCAAAGAUAAAGACAGUAUUUUUAAAUUACGAAACUUAUCUCGUAGAACUCCUAAAAAGCAUGGAUUACAAUUCUCUCAGGAAAAUACUGAAAACAUGAACUGUGACAUAAUCAAUGAAGAUCAAGAAAACUCAGUUGAUAAUAGAGAAAUUAGCCAGAAAGAUAUUGAAGAAGUUUGGAGAUACAUUAUUCUGAACUACCUGCAAACCAUUUUAGGGGUGUCAUCCCUAGAAGAAGUCAUAAACCCAAAACAAGUAAUUCCUCAAUAUAUAAUGUACAACAUGACCAAUACAAGUAAACAUGGAGUAGUUGUACUACAAGACAAGUCAGAUGAUCUUCCUCAUUGGGUAUUAUCUGCCAUGAAGUGCCUAGCAAAUUGGCCAAGAAGUAAUGAUAUGACUAAUCCAACUUAUGUUGGAUUUGAACGAGAUGUAUUUAGAACAAUUGCAGAUUAUUUUCUAGAUCUCCCCGAACCUCUACUUACCUUUGAAUAUUAUGAAUUAUUUGUGAACAUUUUGGGUUUGCUACAACCUCAUUUAGAGAGGGUUGCCAUCAAUGCACUACAGUUAUGUUGCUUAUUACUUCCUCCACCAAAUCGUAGAAAGCUUCAACUUCUAAUGCGCAUGAUUUCUCGAAUGAGUCAAAAUGUUGAUAUGCCCCAACUUCAUGAUGCAAUGGGUACAAGAUCACUGAUGAUACACACUUUUUCUCGGUGUGUGCUGUGCUGUGCUGAAGAAGUGGAUCUUGAUGAGCUCCUUGCUGCAAGAUUAGUUUCAUUCUUAAUGGAUCAUCAUCAGGAAAUUCUUCAAGUACCCUCUUACUUACAGACUGCAGUGGAGAAACAUCUUGACUACUUAAAAAGGGGCCUUAUUAAAAAUCCUAGAGAUGGACUGAUUGCUCCUUUGCCAACAUAUUCAUACUGUAAGCAGAUUAGUGCUCAGGAGUUUGAUGAACAAAAAGUUUCUACCUCUCAAGAUGCAAUUGCAGAACUUUUGGAGAAUAUUAUUAAAAGCAAGAGUUUGCCUUUAAAGGAGAAGAGGAAAAAACUAAAACAGUUUCAGAAGGAAUAUCCACUGAUAUAUCAGAAAAGAUUUCCAACCACGGAAAGUGAAGCAGCACUUUUUGGUGACAAACCUACAAUCAAGCAACCAAUGCUAAUUUUAAGAAAACCCAAGUUUCGUAGUAUGAGAUACUAA